AUGGCUUUAAAUUAUUCCAAUUGUCUCGAAAAUGACAACAAAGUUGGAGAUUCAACAUUUGACGCGAAAAAAUUAAGAAAUCCUGAAGAUCUAUGUCGCUUAAAGAAUUUAAUCGAUAAUUAUAAGCUAUCUGAAAAUGAAUUAAAUGAAGGACUUAAAUCUCUCUGUAAUUUCUCUUCAUUCAAUUGUUAUGAUGAAACAACUAUCAUGCAUUUAAGAUUACAUUUGCAAACUUGCGUGGCGAUAUUACAUUUGGUGAUCUGUCUUACUAUUCCGUUAGAUGAUGGAAUUUGGGAUGAAUUUUUUAACAGUUUGGACGACUUUGCUAAAGUCUAUAAUGAAGAAAUUAAGCAAAACUUCGACAAUCUUCAGAUUUACUAUGAAAACUCCAAUAUUCAAUAUUUACUGACUUAUUUACAAGUUACAUUAAAAUUAUUAAAAUCAAGUAAUUCAAUUGAUAUCAAAACUACUUUGGAUAAAAUCUUGAACACCAAUACUACUUAUAAAAAAUUAAAAAAAGGGGAAUCUACAAAAUUUGAUCAACCUAAUAGCUGGUGUCAAAUAUUGCGUGAACUUUUAUUAUUAAACUAUUCACUAAAUUAUAACGUGAUGUAUAAAACUUUACAAUAUCAUAAAGAGGAUUACCUUUUUGAAUUUAUUUGGCAAUAUAGUAACUUGAGCAUCCAACACAUUACAGAAGUUAAAUUAGAUAUUUCGGAAAUUUCAAAUGAUCCAAAAGACUUUAUUGACUUUAUUGGUAUUAUGUAUAAAAGGGAACCAGCAGCACAAUCCAAGAUGUUAUUAUUUGAAACAUUACAAAAAUCUAAAUGUACUCAUAUUUGGUUCAAAUCUGUGGAAUUACUCUUGUCAUUAUCAUCCAAAGAGCCCGAACUAUUUCAUGAAAUCGUGCAAGAUAGAAUUAACAAAUUUAACAAUACGUUGACCAAUACACAAGAAUUUAAUGGCAUUAUUAGUUGUGUUAUUCGAAAACUUGAGUUAGAAGAUAAGUUCUUCAAGUUAGAUUUAACAAAGAUUGAAAAAAAUUUUGAUCAAAAACUUACAGCAGAGGAAGGAAUUGGGUUAUUAAUAGAAAUAAUUUUUGAUAGAAUAUCAUGUCCAAUUACAAAAAAUUUGGUUGGCGACUUUUUUGUUUUAAUAUGUGGUCAUUCUAUUAGCCAUAGAUUCAAGAAUAAAUGUCCAUUUUGUAAAGUUAAUAUUGAAUCAGAACCUAUGUACUACCUUUCUCGAAAUGCAAUACUCGAAGGUCUUUGUGAAUUUUUAUCGCAAGCUGGAUAUAUUUAUUCUGAAGGAACUAAUUCUCUGAAACUGACUCAAAAAACUCAUUCCAAAGCAAUGUUAUUUGCAUUUGAAAAAGCUGGAAUAGCAGAAAAAAAACAGGAAUAUUCUAUAGCAAUUAUGUGGCUUACUCGAGUUUUACAUUUUUACUCUAAAAGUUAUUCGAUUCAAUGUAGAAGAGCUGCUGCAUUCAUUAAUCUUAAUAGACAUUUAGAAGCUACAAAUGACUUGACAAUAGCAAUUAGAUUGAAACCAUCAAAAUGUCUUGCUUAUAUUUAUAGAAGUAGUGUAUAUAUAGCUUACAAAAAUUAUGAUAAUGCAUUGCAUGAUAUAAAUGAAGCACUUAGAAUUGAUCCAAACAAUGAAUAUGCACGUUUAGAAAAAGAAAAAAUAUGUGAAUAUAAAAAACAAACAGGAAAUAUUGAUAGACCAAUUAUUAAUUUUAUGCAACUUGGUUUGUCGGAUGAAAUUUUAAUAAAUAUUUUUAAAUUUAUAAGAUUUCCUUUAAACCUUAUUCUAACUUGUAAAAGUUGGUAUAAUAUCUCCGGUGAUCAUAUGGUUAGAGCUGAGUGGAUCGUUUAUCAAUAUGGUCGCGCUCAUGCACUCUUCUAUGCUAUUAGAUUUGGUCCAAAUUUUAUUAACUUAUAUGUUGCUAAAGCAAUAGUUACCAAUGGUGCAAUUAUCUCUAGUUAUUUUAUUCAAAGGUUAUUAUUACAUUUUGGGAAAGCUGAUCAACAACUUGAAACAUUGAAGAUGGAUCACAAUAUAAAUAAUCAAAAUAUGACAAAUGUACAAAUUAUUCAACAACAAAAUUCAAAAAUACCAUGGGCAAAUGACUGGAUUAAACCAACUACUGAGAAUGUUACUGAUCGUAUUAAAGAGUUAAUAAAAAUUGGAUUUGAAUUAAGUUAUACUAUUAUAGGAGAUAUCAUGCAACUUUUUGAGAAAAGAUUGGCUAUUAUUGGAAAUACAUUAAUUGAAGCAUUUGUGGAAGCUAAAAAUGAUACAAAAGAAAACCUUUUAUUUCAAUGUGUAAUUGAAGCAUUAAAACCAAAUAGAAAAUUAAAAGGAAUUGAGGUUUUUGAAUUUUUAUAUCAAGAAAUUGAUGAUGAUAAGGAGAAAUUAUUUUCAAAUGCAAUGGAUAUUCUUAAAGAUAUGACAAAUAAUAGAAUACUCGAUGGUAAUGAUAAUUCAUUCAAGCCAUUGGAAUCCUCAACAAUGUACUAUAAUUGGUGUUUAAAAAAAUUUGGUGAAAAUGCUAAAAUUACUGAAAGAUGUUUUGAAAUUAUCUUAAUUACUAGAAUAAGCAUAGAUAAUUAUUAUAAACAAAAUCAAACUCAAACUGGAUUAAUGCAAGAUAAAUUUAAAAAUGAAUGUGAAAUUUUUAAAAUUUAUUGUAAUGCCAGAAAUUUUUUUAAACCUUCACACCUUCAGAUUAUUUCUAAAGCAACUCAUGAUGAUAUACUUAAAACAUUAUUUGAAUAUUAUCUAGCAAUUUUAUUUGAUAUUCAGACUUUAUAUACAUUGCCGUCUACUGAUAACUUGGAUACUAAUGUUAAAAUACCGGUUUAUACAAUUGAAAAAAAUAAGAUUUAUCAGUUUCAAGAUGAAUCAUUGUUUGAAAAUAGAGCAGAGAAAAUUGAAGCAUAUAAAGUCGAAUGGUUUAAUGAAUUAGAAAAUUCAUUUAAUAAAAUUUUUAAUCAAAAUGAUCUUAAAGGAACUAAUGAGUUUAGAAAUUAUUUAAAAAGAUUCUGGGAAGAGUAUAAUAAAAAAAAUCCAGAGUGUUAA